AUGAUAGCCGAUCGCGCUUCAGUUCCGCGCAGUGACUCGGGCUCUGAGAGCCACCGGGGUCAUUCCUCGUCACCGGCUCCAGCAGCCGCGAUAGUGGCGGAUGACGAGGCGACAGACGAUGACGGGUUUCACGAGACAAACGAUGACAGCUCAAACGCAUCCACGUCUAUGGCAUCAAGCGUUCGAGACUUCAAUUUCGAGAACAGACGUCGCUACCACAAGUUCAAAGAAGGCCGCUACAUGCUGCCAAACGACGACAUCGAACAGGAUCGUGAAGACAUGAAGCAUGCUAUGCUGAUCCACUUGUGCGAAGGAGCCUUGCACAAUGCCCCUUUGGACCACCCACAAAAGAUCCUCGAUAUCGGUACUGGGACUGGUAUAUGGGCUAUGGAUAUGGGCGAUGAAUAUCCUGAGGCCGACAUCACUGGUCUUGACUUGAGCCCCAUCCAGCCUAUUUACGUGCCACCAAACGUGCAUUUCAUAGUCGACGACGUCGAAGCUGAUUGGCUUUACCCGGAUGACUCGAUUGAUUAUAUCCAUGUGAGAAACAUGGCACCAGCACUCAAAGAUUGGCCCAGACUGCUUGCACAGGCUUACAAGGCUCUCAAACCGGGUGGCUGGAUUGAGGUACAAGACAUGGUGUGGGCAUUUGCGUCCGAUGACGGUACAGUCGGCCCGGACUACACUCCGAGGAAGACGAUGGAUCUUCUGAAGGAGGCUUUGGACAAGUUCGGGGUGGACAUAGAUGUGGCCAAUAAGUUUGCCGACCGCAUCGAUUCCGCAGGCUUCUUGAACCAGAUUCAUGAUGUCAAGAAGGUGCCUGUGGGCACUUGGCCGAAAGAACCUCGUUUGAAGGCCAUCGGCAGCUAUUGUGCUUCUGUCAACUACGACGCUUUGGGAGCAGUGACUAACGUGCCGUUUACAAAGGGAUUGGGUUGGACCACAGCGGAGAUCGAGAUUUUCUUGAUACAAGUGCGCAAGGAUUUGAUGGACAAUUCCCACCAUGCGUAUCACUAUUAUCACUCAUACUCGGGUCAGAAACCGUUGGAGGAGAAGUCGACUUAA